AGUAGCAGCAGUGUGGUGAGUGAUUUGUGCGUUGCUUGAAUCAUGCUGAGUGGUAGCAGUGGAAGCACUGAAAAUGGAAGUGGAAGACGAGGAACAAGAGCUAUGGUGGGAGGAGGGAUUUAGUUGAGCAUAACUUCUAGAACCGAGAAAGGAAAAAGAAGGAAAAAACAAUGACUUACCUCCAGUCCAAAUGCCAGUGCCACCAGCGAAGAACUCCAAGUAAGUAGCCGAGCAGGGGAGUCGCGUUCCUUCGUCCUGCCUGCUAGGAAGGAGAUCGAUCGAUCGAUCGAGAAGAAGAGUACAAAGAGAAGAAGAAGAGAUCACACCAUCACUGCUGCUGGUGGUGUUGCUGCUGCUACCGGGAAGAACCAUCUCUCCUCUUGAAUCCCCUUCUUGCUUCUCGUCCUCCAAACUCAUUGAUUGUACCGAGAGCCUUUAAAGUCCCCUGCUUUGCUCGUCUCUGGAGUUCUUCGAGGAUGGGCGAUGCGAAUCCUCACACUGCUGCCGCUGCUGCUGCUGCUACUGCCACUGCUGCUACAAAUGAGAAUGCAGUCGACGACGUCCACAAGAUAUCUCGCCUCUCCUCUGUCGUCCCCAAUGGAGUGAUCAUCAAAGCUUCCCAGGUCGCCAUGGACUCGCCUUACAAGUCCCCCCGCCUCCGGACUUACGAGAUCGAGGUCCGGAACCUUUACUACAAGAUCAUCAAGCGGACCGACCGGAGCGGCUGCUUCCCUGGAGCUCGGUUCUUCCAACGCCACCAUCACCACCACCACCACCACCGUCGCCACCACCACCACCAGGCCAGGUACAUUCUUAGGAACGUUAGCUGCGUAGCUAGGCCCGGAGAGAUUCUAGCAGUAGCAGGACCCAGUGGAGCCGGCAAAUCCACAUUGCUCGAGGUUCUCGCCGGGAGAAUUCAUCCAAGUCACGGACCAUCUUCGUCCGUGAGCACCGUCAGCCCCAAGAACAGCAGCAUUCUCGUCAACAACCAGCCGAUCGACUUCGAGCACUUCCGGCGCGUCUCCGGCUACGUCAUGCAGCACGACGCGUUGUUUCCACUGCUCACGGUCCACGAGACGCUGCUCUUCAGUGCUCAACUCCGGCUGCCUUCGUCGCUCCCCAAGGCCGAGAAGGCGGCCCGAGUUGAAGCUCUCAUGGGAGAGCUCGGGCUCCUCCACGUAGCCGGCUCGCGGAUCGGCAGCGAGAACGUCCGGGGCGUGUCGGGUGGCGAGCGGCGGCGAGUUUCCAUCGGAGUUGACGUGAUCCACGACCCGGCUGUUCUUCUCCUGGACGAGCCAACAUCCGGACUGGACAGUGCUGGAGCGCUCCAAGUUAUCGGGAUGCUCAACAACAUGGCGGAGUCGCACGGCCGGACGAUAAUUCUCAGCAUCCACCAGCCUGGUUUCCGGAUCCUCCAGCUGAUCCACAACAUCCUGCUGCUAGCGAACGGAGCCGUCAUCCACCAUGGUUCUAUCGGCCUGCUCGCGACCAGGCUCCAGGAGGCCGGUCACCGGAUCCCCCAGCAAGUGAACGUUCUCGAGUAUGCCAUCGACACCAUCGACCUUGCUGCUGCUGCUGCUGCCGCCGCUGCUGGCGAUGGUGGUGACGUCGAAAUGGCGCUGGACGAAGUCACCUCCGAGGUGUCCGACGUAAACUCUCCAGGGCCCGAGGAGAUGCACCUCGACUACGCGAACUCUCGGUUCCAGGAGAUCAUGGUUCUGUCCAACCGCUUCAGCAAGAACAUCAUCCGGACGAGGCAGCUCUUCGCGGCACGGACGCUCCAGGCUGCGGUGGCCGGUCUCGGGCUUGGCUCGAUCUUCUUGCGACUGUCCCACAACAAGGGAGGAAUCCAGGAACGCUACGGCUUCUUCGCGUUCACUCUUACGUUCCUGCUGUCGUCGACCACCGAGGCUCUUCCGCUCUACCUCCAGGAGAAGCAGAUCCUUAUGAGAGAGACGUCCCGAGGCGCGUAUCGAGUCUCCUCGUACGUGAUCUCCAACACUCUCGUCUUCCUCCCGUUCCUGCUCGUCUGCUCCUUGCUCUACUCGGCUCCAACGUACUGGCUGGUCGGACUGAACCCGUGCAUCUCGUCCUAUCUCUUCUUCGUGCUCGUUGUGUGGCUCAUUGUCGUCAUGGCCAACUCCUUCGUCGCCUUCUUCAGCGCUCUCGUCCCGAACUUCAUCAUGGGCUACUCCCUCAUCUCCGGCAGCAUCGGGGCCUUCUUCCUCUUCUCUGGAUACUUCAUCGCCAAGGACAGCAUCCCGGAGUACUGGAUCUUCAUGCACUACAUCUCGCUGUUCAAGUACCCUCUAGAUGCGCUGCUCAUCAAUGAAUACUCGUCGCCACCAAACAAGUCGAGCUGCUACGGAGAGGUGGUGGCUGGAAAGUGCACGCUCUCGGGUCGCGACGUGCUCGUCCAGGCUGCUCUCGAGAACGACAGCAAGUGGCUCGACGUUGGUGUCAUGAUCGGCUUCGCGAUUGCGUACCGCUGCCUGUGCUGCCUCGUGCUGGGGCUCAAGACGAGGCAGAAGAAACAGUAGCUUAACGCAUUCCUUGUGCUUUCGAGUUCUAGUGCUUUUCGCUGCGAUCGAUUGUCAGCCUGCCAACUUAGAAAGCAAUUCUUGCUGGAUACCUCUUUACAACUGUAGUCCAUGUGUUGCGACGACUAAAUACGCCUUGGAAGUAAGAGAGGAUCGGGCUUAAGAA